AUGUCAUUUCAGCGUGGCGUUAACCCUUGUCUCCUCCGUCCUCUCAUCGAUGCCCACUUAAAUCCCCCUAGUCUGCCCGAGGGCGCGUUUCUGAACGACAAUGUGGUGGACGGGCCCAUGGUGGAGAUCACGUGGGAGCCGUAUGGCGACACCUGCAGCGCGCCGGGGUUGGAGGAGAGUGCACGCGAGGAGUUGAGCCGGCAGGCCGCACAGCACUGGCGAGAUGGCGCCCUCGCGGCAUGGCAGGCGGAUUUGCGGCUGGCUGACAUGCGCAUGAGGCGGCGAGGGCUAGAAGACGUCUUCCUGGCUCUGCAGGUGGUGAAGAGCCUUCAUUCCGCUAUAGUCACACUGCUUCGCCCCGACGUCCUUCCCUCUACCGCCCCUUCCACCCCUGCUUCCACACCCUCCAACACUCCUGCCACCACCUCAAGAAGAAGCAGCACCGCUUUGAACCCAUCGACACCCCUUCAAGACAGUUCAGCUGUAUCCACCCCCUACUCCAGCCAAGCCGCCGUCCCACCAUCUUCCUCACAAUCGCGUCCUUUGAUGGACUCUCAGAGCGAGGGUGCAGAGGGGAGUAGAUUGGAGGAGGAUGGGGAGGAAAGGAGGUCUGUGAGCACGAAUCCCCUAACUCCACGUCAGCGGCAGCAUCCGCUAUCCACACUGUCGUUCAAGACGCUUGCUGCACUUGAUGAGCUGUACCGUGAGAUCGGCCCGCACUCCCUCGCACCAGUGGAGGGGGAGGAGGACGGGGAGGAGGAGGAGUGGGGAGUGCUGGGAGUGGGGGGCGACGACAGCACCACAGAGGAGCUGGGCUUUCUGUUGGCAGCGCUGGUGGACAUGGGCGAGCUGGGCUUCCUGCUGGCAGCACUGGUGGACAUGGGCGAGGUGAGCAGCAGCUACGGCCUGGCUCUGCUGCACCGCUGCUGCGCCUCCCCCCACGCGGCGCUGCGCCUCACGUCCGUUGACGCCCUCUCCAGCGCGCCCUCCCUCUCCUCCCUCGGGAAUGCCGGCUGCGCCGUGCUGCAGGUCAGUGGUGAGGGGAGUGGUGCAGGUGAGGGGAGUGGUGCAGGUGAGGGGAGUGGUGCAGGUGAGGGGAGUGGUGCAGGUGAGGGGAGUGGUGCAGGUGAGGGGAGUGGUGCAGGUGAGGGGAGUGGUGCAGGUGAGGGGAGUGGUGCAGGUGAGGGGAGUGGUGCAGGUGAGGGGAGUGGUGCAGGUGAGGGGAGUCAAACUAUAUGUGCUGCAUAG